AUGUAUGUUACAUCCAAUAUAUAUUGAAUAUGUCGAAGCAAAGAAUGGAUCAAUCUUCAAAGAACUUUCCGUGUCUUCCAUUCCUUCUUCUCAGAAGUUGAAAAAUUUUUAGAACGUUGUAUUUCAAUGAGAAAGAAUGACUUCUUCCAUAACUCAAACAAUGUGGAUCACAAUGGAAAAAGAAAUUCAGGAGUUGAUGGCAGUGUGGCCGGAUGUUGUUCACGAUAUUACGGAAGUGAUUACAAAUUUAAACAUUCCUGAUGUUGAUAAAUGGUUGGAAAAAGUAUUACAAUAUAAUGUCCCAGGAUCAAAGAAACUUUAUACCUUAUUAUUAGUCUAUGCUUAUAAAUCACUAAUACCUAAUGAACAACUGACAGAAGAUAAUAUUCGCUUAGUACGAAUUUUAGCAUGGUGUAUGGAAAUGACAAUAGCCUAUUUACUCAUAAUUGACGAUAUACUGGAUCAAUCGUCAUUUCGUCGAGGCCAACCAUGUUGGUAUCGGUACAGUAAUAUUGGUUUAAUGGCAGUCAAUGACAGUUUGUUAUUACAGAGCGCUGUGUAUUACCUAAUUCAAAAACAUUUUAAAGGAAAAGAAUGUUAUAUUAAAUUAGUGGAAACAUUUCAAGAUGCUACAUUCAAAACACAAAUAGGUCAGUGUUUAGAUAUGUAUUCGACCAAAUUCAACAAAAAGCCUAAUAAUUCAAUAAAUCUGAAUCAAUUUACAAUAAAUUAUUAUAGGUCAAUUAUCAAAUAUAAAACAUAUCUUUCGGUUGUAUCAAUAAACGCAGCAAUGCAUUUUGCUGGAAUAAAGAAUCCAGAGAUGUUCAAGCAAUCAAAAACCAUUGUGUUAGAGACUGGAUAUUUAUAUCAAAUUCAAGACGAUUAUUUAAGUUGCUUUGGAAAUUUCGAAACUUUAUUAAAAAAUAGUACUGAUAUAGAAGAAGGAAAAUGUACGUGGUUAGUUGUUACGGCUCUUCAACGCGUCACUCCAGAACAGCGUAAAAUUUUAGAAGAAUGUUAUGGAGUUUCAGAUCCAGAUAAAGUGAAACGUGUGAAACAGCUCUUCAUUGAUAUAGAUUUGCCGAACAUUUAUUUUACAUACGAAAAAGAGAUAUAUGAUCAACUACGUGAACGAAUCAGCAAAUCAUGUAAACUUUUACAUAAUCUUUUCUUCGGUUUUUUAGAAAAGAUUUAUCACAGGCAAAAUUGCCAUUUUUAAAUUUCAAUUCAAAAAUAUGUAUUUUUUUUUUAAAGUCCAACAUAGAUUAUUUUGAAUAAAAUAAUCUAUUUUCUUAUGUUUACAAGUAAAAAAUCCUUAUUCUGAUCAAAGCUCGCAAAAAAAUAAUAAAUAUUUUGCUGUUCUUUCUAUGUCAGUGAUACAUAAUAGAACAUGCCAUCAUAUAGCAAAAACAUUUUUAUAUUUAACACACAUCCGAAUUUUUAAAUAUAUUUUAUUCGGUUUCUGUUUGCAAAUAGCAGUACACAUUAAUAUUCCUUCGUCACUAUUGCAUUUUAUCGUAAUACUUAUAUCAUAAUAAACUGUGUUUGAUUUGACGUUCAUCAUAUUUGUGAGCAUUAUUUGCCUUCGUUUAAUUUUUGAUAAAUUUUAUAUCAAAUAUUACUAUCUACGAUAGUAACUACUAUCUACGACGGACCAUAAAAUGAAAUUUCAGAGAAUUAUACCAUAAGUAGUGUGGCAAUUAGAUGUAAAAUAUAAUAAAAAUUUUAAUAAUUUCUA